AUGGCAGCCACUGCUCUCUCAUCAAAUGAAGGUACGAAUUUCCAGACCAUCUCCCUCACUGACUACAACACCGGGUCCAACUAUUCGGGCAUGCUUUGGGGAGGGCUCAAUGCUUGCACGACGAGCGAAUGCCCAAUCAGAUUCCAUGAGACUAGUGCUGGAGGCUACACUUUUAAUGCUAAGAUGUGGCGAACCAGCAAUGGAUGCCACAACAUUGAUUUUGAGGGCGCUCUGGACGCUCACCACGUUUACUGCUGUGGCUCGCUGCCACGUGAUUUCACUGCUUAA